AUGCGAGAUGUCUUCAAUUUCGCCGUGGUACGCGCGCAGUCCUUGCUCACCGACAAGCAGGAGAAGUCCGAGGUCUUCGUCCCCCACGUCGCGCUGGAAGGCGAUGUUGGGAACCAUGAUGUUGUUGGUAGCGAGGUUGUUGCAUCUCGGGUCUUGCUGGGUGACUGUGCGUGGGCAUUCGAUGUCGAGCUGCGGACAAAGUUGUUCAUGGCUCAAUGUGUUGAGAGUUGCAAAGGAGCAGUCCCGCAAAAUAUCUCAUCGCCUGGGAGCCCCUUGAACGAUGUCAACGUGAACCACAACGGCGCGCUCAAGGGGGGCGAGGAUGCCAAGGUCACCCACCAGGCGCUGACGGGAUAUCAGCAGAGGCAGCUGGAUAAGAAUGAGCUGGAGGUGGCAGCGCGGAUUGAGAAGAGGAAUGCCGUGGAAGGGGGCCAGGCAGGACACAGUCGCCAGACGCAAGUGUUUCGCACGGUACAGGAGGAGCAAACGAAGGAGAUUUACAUUGCCAUCAGGAAUCCGGUGGUUUUCUUUGCGACCUUUGUGCAGAAGAUUGGCGAAAGUGUCGCGGGACAACUAGAGCUGCAGUACCCUACAAGCAGCUCUUCGCGACGACUCUGGGAAACGGACAACAUCCAAGAUUUCGUCAGGCGUUUGGCUGGGGACGACUACAGCGCACAGCUCACGAAAUACGUGUCGUAUGUGCCGACCUCGGUGCAGGAGGCCUUCCUUUCCUGCAUUGGCUACAAAGUGUUCAAGUAUGCCCUCAAGUUCAGCAACUACGACUACUACCAGUUCGUCCCCGCUGCCUGCGUGGGUGUGCCGCUGUACUUCAUGAAGGCAAUGCACAUCGGUAACCCUGCCAUCGUGAUGCCUCUGGGGAUCCUGCUUCCCUUGGCCAUCUUCUGGGCCAUCGUCUUAGGCGCGGGCUACGACGUCGAUGCCGAUACCUCCGACUUCUUCUUCCCGAAGAUGAGCAACGAGCCCUUCUACCUCGUGUGGACGGACAGCAUCGGCCAGUACAGCAAGAUCAACUUCACUGCGUGGACGGCCACCUUCACCGACCUCGGGAUCAUGAUUCUGGUGGUGGUCUUGGACUGCUCCCUGAAGAUCUCCUCGACCGAGAACAAGAUCCCGGUGAAGGUGGACAAGAACUACGAGAUCUCGCUGUAUGGGGCCGUGAAUGCCAUCGUGUCGGUCUUCGCAUCCACUGUUGGAUCCAUGGGCUGCAUUCAGCUGGAGGUUUGGGUGGACCCAAGCCGGUUCACCAAGAGUGAUUUCGCGAAAGGGGUUGUGGUCAGGCUCAAGCCCGCAGAGGUUGCAUUGAAACGAGCAAGCCCCUCGCUACAGAAUGUCAUCUUCCAAAACGCAUGUCUGGUAAACGAGUCCUUUGCCAACGGCAGAGCAGUCGCAACACUGCGGUCUAUGAAGAAGCUGGUGGCUUGCAGCCUUUCUUGGACCGUACACAAACAAUGCAGCUGGCCGUCGCUUUCGCAAAAACAGUACCUCUCAAUGGUUGUAGCACGAAGCAGAAGACCUUGUGAGGACACUUACACUGAAACGACGCGAACAGCAAGGAUGCCGUGUUGGCACCACUAUCAUGGUGAUACCCAGAAGUAUUGCAGCUGCACUUCUGCUAAUCACCCGACCCGUCUGAGCCCCAAACCCAAACCCUAA